AUGUACCAAAAACCUGGCAGCAGUACGGCGCGCAAGAAAUCCUACCAAACCUCGCUGAUCCGGUGUCUGGACUUUCUGGAUCGUGAUCGGGUACGCCGACGGGCGGCUCGAGUUCUGGGACGGCACCACCGGCAACUUGAAGGUAAGCUCGUAGAUCUCAAGUCGUGUUGGCAGCUAACUGAGGUGCGUUUGUUUCAGGGCAUUCACGAGACGGAGUACACCCGCAAGAACGGGGUCACCAACAUCAAGCUGACCGGGGACAAGGUGAUGGCGGCCCGGCUCAGCGACCGCAUCGACUUCCUGCGGCUCAAAACGUACACCAAAGGUCGGCAGAUCGACUGGGGAUUUACCUCCGCGUACCGGCGCACGCACAUUCUCACCGGUUCGGCGGGUAGCUUAAGCAUGUUCCAGCAGCCGAACGGUCCGGCCAGAGUUCAUCACGCCUCGGAGGAGGAGCUCCGCGGCAUCCAGGUGUUUCACCAGCAAGGGCACCAGAACCGGAACCGUCAUGACCGGCAGCAUGGACCACACGGUGUAGUUGUCGUGAAGGAGAGUCACCAGCUGCAGUUUACGCUGCACGGUCACCUCGUGUCGUGGCCCGUUCGAGCCGCCGAAUCCCAGCUGGAUGUGACCUCGACCGAUGACUACCGCAAGAUGCGCGAGUACGAGCAGGAAACGUUCCUGAGCAUGGUCAAGCAGGUCAAGAACGCCGGAGCAACACUCGCAAUCUAACAGAGGGGAUUCGACGACGAGGCGAACAAAUUACUGCUGCAGCAAAAACUGCCUUGCGUUCCCUGUCCCCUUCUGUGGUUCCGAAAUCGUACUGAUCCCCAUCGCCACCAGCGGCAGAAUCGUGCCUCGCUUGGGCUAAACUACACAGAGGAAGUGGAACUGGUAACCGGAACUCGCCUGUUGUCGUCAUCGUGCUUCCGGCCUUUGGCACCGAACCUAAAAAUCGGCGGAGUCACGCGAUCCUGCCCGGUGCAUUAACUCCAAAAUCCAUACUUUUUAUAAUUGUUUGAGUUUUUAGAGUGAAAAUAAUAAAAUAAAAAU